GAGGAGAGAGAGAGAGAGAAGGCGAGAGCCGCCCCUUGGCGUCUGGAACCUGCUGUGCAAGUCAAGGCGGGAGGCGGCGCUGCCUGCUUGUUCGUGCCUGGGCAGCGAGAACGAUCCGGGCGCCGAGGAGGAAGGGAAGAGAGAACCCGAAAAGCAAAUGCGGGCAACGGCAUAAUGGCAGCGCCUAGUCGAGGAGGCUGAAGGGGAGACUCGAGGCUGCCGCCGCCACGCAGGGCAAGGGUGGGCUGGGCCGCUCUCACCUGGCGCAGCACUGAAGGCAGGAAGUCGGAGCCCUUGGUGCGGGCAGGGAUGGUGAAAAGUUAAAAUGCCUAACAGCAAAAUGAGCACAACAUCAUGGUUCCUGGUGAGUGGGACAGGUAUUCGCCAUCGGCUUCCACGGGAGAUGAUAUUUGUUGGCAGGGAAGACUGUGAACUCAUGCUCCAGUCUCGCAGUGUGGAUAAGCAGCAUGCAGUCAUCAAUUACGACAAGGAAAAAGAUGAGCACUGGGUGAAGGAUCUUGGAAGCUUAAAUGGGACCUUUGUGAACGACAUACGAAUCCCUGACCAGAAGUACAUCACGCUAAAACUGAAUGAUGUGAUUCGUUUCGGCUAUGAUGCAAACAUGUAUGUCCUAGAACACAUCCAGCACAAGGUUCCAGAAGAAGUGCUAAAACAUGAGAAAUAUACCACCCAACUUCAGAUGAGCUUUAAAGGCACAGCAAUGAAAAGAGCAGAACAGCCAAUGGAACAUGAUGGAAAUAUUGAAUUGUCCCAAACCAAGCUGGAAAAAGGAGAGAAGAAAGCAAUUACAGAGGUGACAACUACUUAUCGCACACCACUCUAUGGCCGGCCGUCAUGGUGGGGAGAGGAUGAUGCCAACAAUAAACUGGAUUCAACAGGUGAAAGAAGGCCAGAAGAACAAUAUUCAGACAGAACAAAAGACUUAGUCCAACACGAAGAAGAAAUCAAUGGUAACAUCACUGGCUACAGAGAAUCUCAAGGCGAGUCUGUCUACGCAUUCCGUAGGGAACCCAGCUACUUCGAAAUUCCAACAAAAGAAUUCCAUCAGCCAGUAAAAACUCCAGAGGUGCAAGUCCAUGAGAUCCCCACCAAAGAUGUCGAUGUGGCCGUGAUACCUGUUGUGCAGAGCCAUGCUUCUUUUACCAUUGAGUUUGAUGAUUGCACCCCAGGUAAAAUGAAGAUAAAAGACCACGUCACUAAAUUUUCCCUCAGGCAGAGACGGAACCUCAGCAAGGAUUCUGGCCAUGUGGAAAUUAUCUCUGCGGAGAAUAAAGUGGCUGACUGGCUGGUCAAUAAUGAUCCAAGUCUCAUCAGAAGGCAGUCUCCCGGAGAUGAUGUAUAUAGUACAAAAAGUGACCUCCCUGUUCAUGUGAAGACUCUGAAAGGUAACAGACAUGAAGAUGGAACCCAAAGUGACUCAGAGGACCAAGUAGCACCUAAGCCAGAGAAAGAGACAGUUAGCAAUGAGCAUAUGGUAGAGCAAGCCAAACUCCAGCGCCAAAUUCGACGUGAUCCCCAGGAAAUGCUCCACAACCAGCAGGCCUUUGUUAUCGAAUUCUUUGAUGACGACACGCCCCGGAAGAAAAGAUCACAGUCCUUCACACACAGUGGCCAUUCUACCCAAAAUGAGAUCGAUCCCACCCUGAAGACAAAAGUUGAAAAACGCAAAAUUACAGUGCCUGCUGAGAAACCAGUAAGCUCUAUGCCCUCCCAACAUCCGCCUGCAACAGGGACCAAAGGGCCAAGCAAUGCAUUCACUACUCCAAGAGCAGGUUCCUUCAGGAGGGAGAAGGCAGAUGAGCGGAUCAGCCUUUCCUCGUCCUCCACAUCACGAACACCUGUAAAAAGUCAUGGGAGUGUUGGAAGGAAGUCAAAAUUAGCUCAAGAUUUUGCUGCUGAAUGUUUAAGGGAAAGUUCUCAAGUGACUCAACCCAACAUUGAAAAGCCCCCUCCUGCGCCAACCCCACUAACCUCACGGACAGUAAUUGUCCCAACAGCACCAGAAACAAUUCCUCCACCAGUUGCUGAUCCUAAAUUGGCCAAAGCUAAGAAACAGGAAGAGGAAGAUAGUUUGAGUGAAACAGGCACUUACACUAUUGAAACUGAAACACAGGAUAAAGAAGUAGAAGAAGCUCGAAAAAUGAUUGAUCAGGUUUUUGGUGUUUUGGAGUCUCCUGAAUUUUCCAGAAUUUCUUCAACCUUUAGGCCAGUUAUAAAAGGUGAAAAAGAAGAAUUAGGGCACAAUCAUUUGCUUGGGGAAAAUGGCUCAACUCCAAAGGUGACAAUGAUGCAGGUCAUUGCGUCCAAAGUGGCAAGUGGUCAUCAUGGAGAUAUACAGAUGUCAUCUUCAGCCCAAAGCAGCCAAAAAUGGGUCUCAAGAUGGGCAAGCCUUGCAGAUAGCUACACAGGCUCAGGUUCUGCCCCUGGAGCUGGGGAAGCCGAGCAGGGUUCCCUCUGUCAGGUUAGCACAGAAAAGGAUUCCAGUCUCAGAAUGGGAGAAUCUGAGAUUUCAGUGGCAUCACGGACCAGACGACUUCUUCCUCAACUCCCUCCAGGUGAAAAAUUGGAAAGUCCAACACCAACUAUUUUAAUUUGUCACGAGACCUUUCCUGAAGUUUCCCAAAGAAACUUUAGUAAUGAUUCUAGGGAAGAAAUAUAUGUGGAUUCUGACAGUCGGUUGUUAACUCAGGAAGAUUUGGAUCCAGAUAGCCUUAGUGAUGCCAGCAAAUCUGAUGAUGGUUUCAACUUGGAAAAAGGUAGGAAAAGCCAAGAUGGCACCAAAAUGUCUGAAAAGAAUCGAAUAAAGGCUGAAAAUGCAAAGUCUAGAAGCUCUCAGUGUCCUAUGCCAAGACUUUCAGGCUUGAGAGCAUUAAGUGAUCCACUGUCAACAUCUUUUUAUAUGGGUGAUGAAGCAGAAGAGAUUGGGGUUCCUUCAAAGCUUACUUCAAGUGUACCUCCUCCUCCUGAAAUAGACAAAGAAGAACCUCCUUUUAAGUAUGGAAAGACAGCUGCCAAAGGAAUGAACAAUACCUGUCUUUACUCAAAUGGAAAAAUGGUUAUGUCAUUACACCAGGGACUAGCAGAACAGCAAACUGUAGCCACAAAAGAAAUUUCAUCUUUUGUUAGACAAGAGAGUUUUACCAAAGAGAAGUCAAGCAGCAACAUUCCUCAAAACAGGCUACCGCAUAUCUCAAGUCAUCCUCUACUUAAAGAUCUUGAGGUCACACGAGCAAAUCGUAUGGACUAUAAUCCUGAGACUCAUCUCCUUCUUAAAGACACUGAAACUGCUCUGGCAGCCUUGGAAGCCAAAAUUCUUUGUCAAACUCACCAGCUCGAUGCUCCAGAAAAUCCUUCUGGGCCCUUAGAAGACUCUUUAUCUGGAGAUUCUGAUGUGGACACAGCCAGCACUGUCAGCUUGGUAAGUGGUAAAAAUCUGCCAAGUCACCCACCAAAGCAAAAAUCGGUGACACCUUUACAGAAAGAGAGGCCAUCAUCCACACUAUCUGGCCAAGAGCAAAAUAUUCAAGCUAGUGCACGUGACAGGCUUUCAGAAAAACGGAAAGCAAUUCCACCUGAGACCGGGAGCAAAGGUGAAAAUGCAAGGCGUUUUCAAGUGAAACACAGCAUAGGAACAAGUGGAUCUCAGGAUUACACAGAUGAUGAGAGAAGUAGCAGCCUCCCGUAUUUGCCUCCAAGUGAAAUAGCCUCCUCUGACCAGGAACAACCCCUCUCAAGGCCUCUUUCUAAAAAGAAGCCUUUCUCACAGUCAACCAAAGAAGAUCACAGCAAGGUAACCACAACGGUGCAAAAGAUUCAGCAAGUUCUUACCAGGUCAAAUAGUCUAUCAACCCCAAGGCCCACGAGAGCCUCCAAACUUCGCCGAGCCCGCUUGGGAGAUACCUCAGACAAUGAGAGUGCCGAUGCGGAGAAAACAGCAGCACAUCCUGAAGGAACCACAGCAUCUUCCAAGCAACCCAUAGAAGCCAAGAAACUCUCAAGGCUUGAUAUUCUUGCCAUGCCAAGGAAACGGGCAGGAUCUUUCACGGUGCCAAGUGACUCUGAGAGUGCCCCAUCAAAGCCAACCUUCUCUGGGCGCAGUGCAGAGUCAUACUAUUCUACUCGAAAACCGCUUGUGUCAGAAGCUAAAAAUGCUGUUAAGAAAACAGCAUCAGUGGUAGCUGCUUCAAAGCAAUCUUUCAGCAGGACACGUUCCAGCAGUGUGAAAUAUGCCUCUACCUCCAUUUUGCAGCAAUGGCUAACAAGUUUCAGUGUAGAAGUUAAGAUUGGGACUCCACACCAAUCACCACAUGACUAAUAUUUCUAUCCUAACUAAUGUCUUGUAAGUUGUGGACUUUCUACUUCAUCUGCAUUGACUCUAGUUUGUAGAAGGGCAGUUCUACCGGUGUUUCAGCAUUCAGUCUUGACUAAUAUCCUAUAUAACAUGGUUUUGUCUCUUGUGAAUUCAUUUUGGGGUGGGUGAGACACAAAUAAACAUAGAUAACUUUAAACUGAGUGUUAUUUUAGAACCUCACAUAGCAGUUCUGAAUUAAUACUUUCCAAAAACAGAUUGGAGUGCAGUCCAACAGUUCUGAAAGUUACAGAUAGUCCUCGAUUUAUAACCAUUUGUUUAGUGACUGAAGAUGCAGCAGCACUGAAAAAGUGAGCAUUUUUCACACUUACAACCAUUGCAGCAUCCCCAUGGUCAUGUGAUCCAAGAUUUGGAUGCUUGGCAACUAGCAUGUUUUAUGACAAUUGCAGUAUCCUGGUAUCAUGUGAUCACCUUUUGCGACCUUUUGACAAGCAAAGUCAAUGGGGUAGCCAGAUUCACUUAAUAACUGUGUUACUACCUUAACAAUUGCAGUGAUUUACUUAACAACUGUGGGAAGAAAAGUCAUAAAUUGAGGCAAAACUCACUUAACAACUGUCUUGCUUAGCAACAGAAAUUUGGGGUUCAAUUGUGGUCAUACGUCAAGGACUAUCUGUACAUGGUUCAGGAGAGCUGUUACAACAGAAAAAAAAAUCAAUGGAUUGGUCCUUCAGUAAAUGCAACCAGGGACAUUGAUUUCGGCAGGCCUUUGCCUUUAACUCUUCAUCAUUAUGUACAGUGUGAAGGCCACAAACAGCCCCACAGAUUUAAUCUCUUGUAUAUAACGUGUGAGACUACCACGUUUCCCUUCUUGCAGAGUUUUCUUUUUCACUCACUGCCUGUUUACGCAAUCAGUAAUGCUGAAGUAAUUAAUUCCCCAUUGUUUAUUAACAAGCCUUAAUUCUUGGAUGGAGUAAAUUAAAAUUAAACAAAAAGACUUGGAAAGUUGAAGUCAUCUGCAGGUUGCUGUACUUUGCGGAGAUAAAUAGCCAUGUAGUACCAGCCUGUGUCUGUUGGCUUGAGCUUUUAGUGUAGUAGAGACUGGAGAUCAGGAUAAAGCCUAUAAUUCAGGAAUAAAAACUCUUUUGAAAGAGCUUGAUUUUAUUUCUGGCAUCUCAGAAGAUGAACACUUAAGAUCCCUUUCUAGCAGUUAGAAAACUGUAGUAAGUUAAUGUAGAUAGUGUCUAAAACAAGCUAGAUUUGUAGUGUCUAAAACAAGCUAGAUUUGUUAGCAGUUCGGUAGUUUUCUGGGCGUCAGCAUAUGAUAUGGUGUUGCAAGCUGCAGAAUCACUCAGUAGUGAGAUGCGUGGCAUAUAAAUUUAAUAAAUAUAAACAAGGCAAUUCAGAAUCAAAUGGGUCAUUCCAUAGCAAAAGGAAAAAAAUAUAAUAUCUUAUUUAAAAUAAGGGCUUUGGCUCACUGACUUUCUUCUUAAUUUUCUUUACUGCCAUGCUGCCCAGCCACUAUAAAGGGUAGAAUGCAGACUUAGAUUUUUUGUAGGUCCAAUCUAAUGUUUUGAAUUUUUGCUUUCUUUUCCUUUUUCUUUUUGCAGUUUCUAUAGUCAAUAGUUUAGCUAUAAGCAUACUGCUGAGAGGAUUGAAUCAUUGUUUUAUUAAAAUUGUUAUCUCCAUCUUCAAACCUCUUAUAAGCAGCUUUGGAAAGUUUGAAACCACUGAAUGAAAAAGAGCAAUGCUGAAUUGAAUACCAAUUUAAGAAACCUGGUAGUAUGAGGGGUCUAGUAUAAGGAGUGGGGUUUGCUGCUUACCAGCACUGAUGAUGUUACCUAGAUUGGGUAAUGAAACGUCUGCAAGAAAACAAGCAAUCUCAGAGAGCACCAAGGACCUCUUAUUUCAACCUUAAGCUACAAAUAUUCUCCUUUGUUGGAACCUGUAGUAUUCCUGACUGUAUAAACAAGCCAACCAUUUCUGCUUUUCCUGCUGGCUUUAGAGCUACUUACUUGUACUUGGAAAUGGAGCCAUCUGAAAUUAAUGAUUCCUAAGAUGAAUACAUGGAAGACUAACUUGCCUAAUUGUCUCUCUUGGGGCCUUUCGUGCACAUUGAGAUGAAAAUUCCAUGCCACGUGUAGAAAAAUCCUACCGUGUCAAAGUUUACGGUUAUAUGUAUAUCUACCUCGCAAAAUAUUUUUCGUUAAUUGACAAAGAUUAAUUUAACUUUAUGACAACAGACAGAUGGGGGAUGACCAUUUUACCACACAUUUCAUCACACAUUUGUGCUUGAUCUGAUGAAUUAUUCCUACUGCUUGAGAGGUUGAUCUAAAUUGGUUCUUAACCCUAUAGGCUGAAUUGCUUCUCCCUGGUUGUCUGCCUGUAGCUCUAUUCAAGUGUUGGCUAUAUGAGGAACUAAUAAAUGUAAGAGCAUGGCUCAGUGUGAAACAGUUCAUCCCUAAUAUUAUACGUCCAUCUAACUCUACCCAUAAUCUUUGCACAUUAGAUAAAACUGCAGAAAGGAAAUCACCUAAAAGUUCUGAAGAACAGGAAUUGGCAACAUUAAAUUUGAUGGAACCACAAAAUUAAAAAUAUACUAUAAAAGAUAACUGAUAUCUCAGGAGAUCAUUAAAUUUCUGGUGUUUUUGUAUUUUUUUUAUAUUUUUCAAGACUUUGGACAAGACAAAAUCUUUUGAGGUAUCAUAGUACAUGGAAAUUGUACUAGAAAUCUCUAAUGAGAUUUCAAAUGAAAUUUGAAGAUUUGGUGCAGUUUGGAGCAUUGCUUUAUUUUUUCAAUGCUUGUGUCAUUGCAGUGAAGCCAGGCCUUGUGCUACCUGAUUGAGGGGCUGGGGAAAGGGAUCCAGUUGAGCAUGUAAUCAGCUCAGCUUCCAGAUGGGAUAAUAUCUCUUCACUGGGGAGCAUGUUUUAUCAAGCGAUGAUGAAAACAUUAGCAAGUGGCCACCAGAUGAUUGGAAAUAAAGCAUAUGACAGAUGUGUGAUAAGUGUGUAAUAAUUGGGUCAUCUACAUCCAUUCCAGCUGAAGUGCAAGCUAUUUGAUUUUCACCGAUUAUAAAUCUCUUCCAUCUCAUGGUAUGCACAGAAGUUUUCUUACCCCUUCUUUUCUUGGGCUGAUUGCAUUUGUGUUAUGGCUUUUUUUUUAAGUCUCGUCUUUACUUUUCUUCAAUUUUUUCUUCCUUACCACCAUCUGAAAACCAAUUCAUUUUA